AGAAAAAACUGGGGAACAAAAAUACGGGUUUUUAACGCGAGCGAUUCGAUUUCGAUCUCCAAGGCGCCAUUACCGUAGAGAUGAAGGGGUAAUCUACUCUCCUUUUCUUCUGGCUUCUCAAAGUUUUUUCUUUGAUCUACUGGAUCCUCGAUUCUGGAAUUCAGUAUCUGUUUGUGGAACCCCGUCUUGAAUCGGAUGAAGUGGUGCUGUCUGUCUAAAAACCUUUCCGUUAUCCUGCCGGGGUUUCGAUGGAAUCACCGAGCUCGUGAUGGCAAUUAGAAUUGGCGAUGCUUGAUAGGCGUUCGUGGAUCCAAUUCUUUUUAGCUGUAAUUAUAUCUGUUGCCUACUAUGACAUGUGAUGUAUUUGGAAUUUCAAAGAUCCAAGAUGAGUUGAUGAGGUUUGACAAUUUAUAGAUUGCAAAGGAACAAGGACUGAGGGGUGCAUUAAUAUCUAUCAUGGGACAUCAAGUUGCCACAAUUCAAGAAAAAAGCGCUCGUAAAAAAUUUGUUAAUGCUAGAUCUGUCUUGAGGUUAAAGCAUCUGCAAAAAAUGGCAACAUGGGCUGGUAUGGAAGCUUCAGUUCCUCCUCUAAGUGCUUUCUUUGGCCACCUCUUGGCUGCUCAUGCAGAGGCUGCUGGAGCUCCUGUAGAUCCAUUUCCUUUUCCUUGUGAAAGAUGUGAAACCAUUCUACAGCCUGGUUAUAACUGCACCAUUCGAAUUGACAAGAAUGAGAUCAAAGCAAGGCCCCGCAAAAGAUUGUACAUUUCCACCCAGAACAACAUUAUUUACAAAUGCCAUUUCUGUUCUCACCGGAACCUGAAAGGGGGAAUGCCGACAAGCCCUGUGAAAGAGCCACUUGCUAGAAAACCAAGAUGCAGGUCGACAGAUAAGAAAUCAGGAAAUGUUAUGAAAGAUUCAGUAGCUGAGGGGGAGCUAUAUAAGAACAAGCAAGAAAGCAUUUAUCUGAAUUCGAAAUCUGUUUCUGCAUCAGAAAUCACCAGUUCUGGAAAAAUUGAAGUAGCUAAGGAUCUUACCAAGAAAAGAAUGGCAACACCUAUGGACAAAACUCGCAUGAUUCUAUCCAAGAAGAAAAGCAAAGUAAGUAUAUCAGGAUCAAACAGAGAAGAUACUAGUGGGAGAAAAAUUCUUAAUAAGUUCAAGAAAAGUAGGAAAGCCUUGUGUAAUUUGAAGGAGACUCCAAAAAGUAGUAAGCACCAAACCAAAAAAGGCAGAAGCAGUGAUAAUCUAGUAAGUUCUGUGGAGACGAAGGGUAGUAUCUUGUCAAAGAAGAAGAGGAAAGCGAGCGUAUCUGGGUUAGACAUGCUUACUGCUACUAAAAACUGCUUUGUUGCAACAGAUUCAGAAAAAGCCAGAGGCACUAAAAGGAAAAGGAGGAAAUUGUUACAUGUUAUGGAUGAGAUUUCCAGAAUUAGUAUGCGCCAACCCUUACUGAGUGUCCACAGUAAGGAAAGUCCAACCACCCCUUCAGAGAAACUUGGUGAAAAAUCAUCAAAGAAGAGAAAGAAAGUAAGCGUAUUAGGCUCUGAUAAGCAAUCUACUGGUCAUAACAGUUCUGCAGCAACAGAUUCUGGAAAAUCUGUUGGUGGGUCCAGCACAAGGAAGAGAAAAUUAUGUCAUAGUCUGAAAGAGAUUGCUGAAACUGAUGAACAUAGAAGCACGCUGAGCAUUAGCAAUUUAACAAAUCCCUUUCCAUUGACACCUUUGCACGAUGCGCCCAUUGUGAAGCAAAAAGAACGAGAUUGUAGCAUGAAGCUUGUGAAUAAGCAAACUAAGCAGAAGAAGAGUGCCAAGUCUGGCAAAAAAUUAAGCUCAAGCAAAACACCUACUGGAAAAGGGCAAAUGAAGUGCACAGAGGGACAAAGUGCACAGGCUUCGGUUUCAAGCACGAGUAAUAAACUUAAGAGUUGUGUGCAACAAACUGAUGCUAUAGGUGGUUAUCAUAGAAACUUGAUCAGUGGCAGGAGUAUGAGUUAUCUUUAUGCAAUGAAUAGUGGUGACUUUCAUUUUAUGAGUCAGCAAUCUGCACCUGUUAUGACCGCCCAUCAACUUCAGUGUUGCAAUCUGAGCUCCAAUGCAAGUGCUGGGCUACAACCUCCUAUUGCAAUGGCCAGCCAUCACCUUCACUUCUUAAGCCCGGGAUCCAAUGUGGCUUAUACCCAACUCUCACCAGUUGUAGCUACCAAUCAACUUUGCUAUUUAAGUCAGGGUUCCAAUGUGAGUGCCACAAUGCAGUCACCGAUGAUAAUGCCUAGCCAUCAACAUAACUGUUUAGGCCAGGCAUCCAAUGUGGCUGCCAUGCAACAAACUCCGGCUGUUAUGGCUUCCGAUCAACUUCAUUUCUUGGCACUGCCCAUCUUGCAGGGCCCCAACAUGUCUGCUGUGCAACAAGCUCCUAUUGCUAUUGAUGGCCAUCAAAUUUGCCAUUUGAGUCAAAUCUGUGAUAGAAGUGCUAUCCUGCAGUCUCCCAUUGCUAUGGCUGGCUGCCAACUUCACUGUUUAGGCCAGGGACUGAACAUGACUUUUAUGCAUCAGUCUCCAGUUACUAUGGCUGCCCAUCAACUUCAUAUUUUGGGUCAAGCAUCCAACUUGCACUGUUUGCAGCAAUCUCCUGUAGUCAUUAGUGGCCAUCAAAUUCACCAUUUGAAUCAAGAAUCCUGUGGCAAUGCUAUGCUUCAAAGUCCUGCUUUUGUAACUGACCAUCAACUACAGAGUUUAAGUCAGGAGGCUUUGAUGGUUGCACAACCAAGACUAUUUCCACAUUAUAGUGACAUUACUGGCAGUAGCUGCUAUCUGCAAGGGCAGGAUGGAACAUCUGCGCUAGGACUUCACCAGUUAGGCCAGGGAAUGAUUCCAAUUGGUGCAGUGAAUCCUGAAGGACCUCACGGCAUCAGUUCCCUCAACCUUAAUAACCCUGGCCACGUGGUGCUUCAUCAUCAUGGAUAAUUGUAGUGUUAUCGACAGUGUUUGGCAAUUCACCAAAUUCUGAAGUUGCUCAACUUCUGUAGAAUAUAUCUUGUAUAUCUCCAACUGAAUAUAGUCUGCAGUUUAUCAGGUGAAUUUUGAACUGAUUGCUAUCAUACAGUAUCCUUUCUUCAAUUAGUAUAUGUUACUGCAGAGGUAAUGCAGGCCAAUUUGGCCUGACUGAGAAGCUAAAAAAUCAAAUAUACUGGAGAUUUAUGCAUCAGUUUUGUACUUCUGAAAUUUGGUCUGUCAGUGGAAUAUGACUUGUUGCGGUAGGUUACAUUA